CUUGCAAAUUGUUUCAAUUGCCACUCAGUAAAACGUAGCUUCACAACCAUUGAAUUUGGGCGUAAUAACCCAAUUCGCACCUCUAAAAUGGCACCAUCAAAACUCGGUUUAACAGCUUCAACGAAAACCAUUGACCCCACCCUAGACGCUCUAUUUGCAAGCAGUACCGGUCCCGUCAAAGGUCCUUCCAAGACAAGAUAUUCCGAACUACUCCCUCUAAAGGAGAGAAAACCCUUGCAGAAACGACAAGAUACCCAAUUAGACGGGGAUGAAGACGAGGAUGAAGACGAAGAUGAAGAGGGUGACGACAACAACUCGCAGGUUGAUGAUGAAUCAUUAAGCGAGCUGGGCGAUGGCGAGAUUGAAGAGGGACUUGAGGGGAGAGACUUGUCUUCAAACGAUGAAGAAUCCGAAGCCUCGGAGCCCACAGAAACGCUACCAGAGCCACAAAAGAAAGAACGGAAAAGGAAGCGCAAGGACGAACAUGACGAUUUAGAAGAUAAGUAUAUGCGCAAGCUAGCCGAGGAAACUGAGAAGGAGAUCCGAUCCGAUAAACGUCGUAAAGGCGAAGCUGGCCAGGCGAUAAACGGUACGUCUACAGAAGCGAAAGACUCCGAUGAAGACGAGGCUCCGUUGGUUCACGAGUCACUUCUGGAGAAAUCAGAGGGCCAUGGUGACGUCGAACUCGACAAAGCGAAUCGUACCCUCUUCCUCAGCAACAUCUCAGUUGAAGCUAUCACCUCGUCUAAAGCGAAGAAGCUUUUGAUGUCUCACCUUUCGUCUCCUUUAUCCACAUUGGACCCGGCCACCGGACCACAUAAGGUUGAAUCAAUACGUUUCCGCUCAACAGCGUAUUCCACGGGUGCCAUGCCGAAACGAGCUGCUUUCAUAACCAAAUCUGUUAUGUCAGCAACGACAAAAUCCACCAAUGCUUAUGUUGUAUAUUCGACCCCGUUAGCUGCGCGAACUGCGGUUAAAGAACUAAAUGGCACUAUCGUCCUUGAACGUCAUAUGAAGGCAGAUAGUGUAGCGCAUCCUACCCCGGUAGACCAUCGGAGAUGCGUUUUUGUAGGCAACCUUGGUUUCGUGGACGAUGAAACUGUUGUUAAUACUACUGUUGAAGGGGAGACUACAACAAAAAAGCGUACAAAGGUCCCAGCAGACGUUGAGGAAGGCCUAUGGCGGGUCUUCAAUCAGCAUGCUGGCAAAGUGGAGAGCGUUCGCGUUCCUAGGGACCCUAAAACGAGAGUGGGCAAAGGUUUUGCCUACGUGCAAUUUUAUGACGGCAACCAUGUUGAAUCGGCCUUGUUACUCGAAGGAAAGAAAUUUCCCCCCAUGCUGCCAAGGGCGUUGCGUGUAUCCCGUGCUAAGGAUCCGCGCAAGACAGCCCUCGCUGUGGAACGAACAGUAAAAGCAAAACUCGAAGGGGCGAAUGAAAACGAUAAGAAGUCGAAGAGCACAAAACACAAGCCAAAAAUAACCUCAGAGCAAUUAUCUCAAGCAGGCAGAGCUGGUAAACUUUUGGGUAGAGCCGCCGCCGCAAGGCAACGAAGUGGGUUCAAGGGAUCACAAAGCAGACACUUUAAGGCCAGAGAGGAGACUAUUACAGGGGAAGGUUUCAAGACUCCGGAACAAAUUGUCUUCGAAGGUCGUAGAGCCAGCCAAAAAGAUGGCAGGCCUAAAGACAUGAAGUUUGGUAAAGUCAGAGGGAAGAAAGGUGUAGUGAAGGCGAAGACGAAGAGUCGAGGCGCCAGAAGAGCAGCUGAGUGGCGGAAGAAGGACUCGAAGUAAAGAAAGGGAGGAUCCGUAUUCAUAUCAAGUCCGUAUGUGCAUCUGUGAUGGAUGCCUUGCGCAACAACUUCGAUACUCAAAGAGAUGCACUCAUAAUACUAGUAGUGAAGAACAUUGAAUAUGCCAUAUGACAAUGAAUUAAUUUCGUGCUUGAUGAC